GCAAAAUGUUAAAAUGGAACCGAAACGCCCAGUUAAACGGUCUCUCCAGUUAGAAAAAGGGUUUUUUUAUAUAUUUCUGCAGGAAGUAGAGAAAACACCAUGUAAGAAGAAACCCAAGAUUUCCAAGGAAAUGUUUUCGCCAGUCACUGGAACACAGCGACUUAGUCCUUAUACUCCCAGGGGUUCUCAUUUUAGGACAUACUCCGAUGCUCCAGAGUUGCAUACAGAGAAGACAAUGGUAUCCACAAGAGGGCAGCUGAAUUCAGACCAGAAAGAAUUAAAUAUAUUAAGGUCAAAGGUGGAGAAGUCUGUCUUGGUUAUCCAGUCAAUCAGAGAGAAACUGAGUGCUUUGAAGGCUUUAGAGAACACUAAAGAGUUUGGGUAUAUCAUUGGUGCCUGGAACAAGUCAAGUGACUUAGCCACUGAACUCUGCAGAAACAGGGAACUUAUGGCACAAGUUGAAAGAAGCAAAAGAACUGCUAAAGUUCAGGAGAGAUGAAACUGCAAAUCUUCAAAUUCACGUUUUAAUACAUUUUUUCACUAUCAUUCAAACCUGCAUAGCUGUUCUUUGUGAUGUAUUAAUAAUCUUUUUUCUUAAAAUUGUAGUUUGUUAAAAUGCUUUACAAUAAAAUGAAUUUCAUGUGUACUGUCUCCAAAGGGAUACUCCUGAAAUAAUCUUAUAUGCAGUAUAGUUAAAUUAAAAUAUCAAUUUUAUUUUUUAAAAGAAGUGUCAAUUAGGAUCAACAUUUGAAACAUCUUUUCUAACUAUCAUUCAGAUUGAAGUGAAACAUUCUUCAGAAAUCAAAACUGCAGAUGCUGGAAAUCUAAUAAGAGAAAACAAAACUGAGUUAAUGUUUCAGAACUGAUAAAGGGUUUUCAAUCUGAAAUGUUAACAUUCUCUUUCCACAGAUGCUACAAGGUCUAACUGAACCAUUUUCCCUUUCCUAAUGAUUUCACAUACAUUGUAUGCUAAGAACCCCCUGACUGUUCAAGUUUAGUUCACCUAUUUGUUACAAAAUAAGGUUGUUCUAUUCUGAGGUGCACGCAAUGCGAGUAUCCCUGUCUUUGAUAGUAAUUAAUCUAGAGUGUAUUUCAAAAGUAUUGUUUCCAUAGUCACCUAGAAUAGGAUUGCUUUAUUUUGUGCUCUCCACAAGUCCAGUCUAGUACUCCCCUGACAAAUGGGAUUCUGAUUAUCUUAUGUUAAAACAAUAAUUUUUAUCAUCCACUUGCACAAGUAUCUACUAGAAUCAUAGAAACUAAUUGCACAAGAGAAGAUCAUUUUGCUCAUUUCUAUGCAGGCCAAAUACAAACUUUUGCUUUAUCUCAGUUCCAAGUUCUUUGUCUAUAGCCUUGUCCCCACCCUCAUGGUUUUCUCAUUCAUCCAUGCAUCAAAUACAAGAAUGGGAGGUCAUGCUCAAACUUAACAAAAGUCAUUUACGCCAUAGCUGGAAUGCUGUGCAUGGUUAUGUUUGUCACGUUAAAGGAAGAAUAAAAUGGCACUACACUAGGUGCAAAGAAGAUUUAUGAAGAUGUUUCCAGGACUGGAGAUGAUUUCUGCUUCCACUACCUGUUCAGAUGUGAAUUCCAGUUCCCAAAAAUUUACCGUGUGAUACAAUUUUUUCCUUAGUCCUCUACUAAUUUACAUCUUAGUCCUUGAGUAACUAAGUACUCUACUGAUGGGAAAUGGGUCCUUUCUGUUUUUCUUAUCUAGAGCUCUGUAGUUUUACACUCCUUAAUUAAAUUUCCCCUUACUCUUUGUUCCAAAGGAAAAUUGCUUAUUCUCUCAUUACUGUAACAUUCUAGAUCUGGCAAAGUCAAAGUUUCACCUGCUUAAUAGCCCAACUUUUUUGUAUUCUACUUUACAUUAUGAAGCCAAAUCUUUUAUUGGCACCUUGAAACAGUAUUUGCAUCCACACUUGAACUUCAGCUGCAGCAUAUAAAAAUAACAUAUUCUUUUCCUUCAUGUAUGUAGAGAGCAUAUCAGGGUUUGCCUUGAUUUUUUCUACCAUUAUUUUUUCCAUUCACCUCUUUAUACUGUAUUCCUAACUUCUCAAUUUCACCCCUGUACUUUCAAGUGUUCUGCAGCACUGUGCUCAUUGUCUGUCCUCUUAUACUUUACCUGUCUGUUAAUGCCCAUGGGCAUCUAGAAUUGGGAAUUCUUUUCUUGGUUGUGGGUCUCAACAUCUUCUCAUUGAAAGCCUCCCAUGGCCCUGACAAUGAUUUGCCUUCAAGCAGGUGUUUUGGUCUAUUUUUUCUAAACCAGCUUAGUAAAAUUGCCUUUACCGACUAAGAACCUUUAGUCAAUCUAUCUUUGUCCAUUUUUUCAAUAACUCUGCUAAAUCUAGCCAGCCAUCUUUUUCUCUUGUCUGGAUUCAUUCCCCCUUUUCUUCAUUUUUGUGCUUAAGUUAAACUUAUAAGGUCCCAUUUGUUGAUGAUUGCAGGAUAAUCACUCCUGGUUUGGAAGAAGCAAUCAAAAAUUGGAAUUUUUUUCUUUUGAUCCCAAAUCAUCUGUUUAUUUAUGAUUCAAAAUGGCUGAUUCCUUGAGUUUAUUGGUAAAACUAGUUCCUUUGAUUGGUGAAACAACCUGGAGAUAAAUCUUAAUUCAUGCAACAUUUAAAGUCAUUGCCAUCAAGCACAGUAAACAGGCCCUUCAGCCCACCAUUUCCACACCAUCCUUGUACCUAUCUCCAAUCCCAUUUGCCAAUGUUGGGGCUGUAAUCUUAUCUCCCUUGGUAAUAAUUCAAGUGCUUUCCCUAAUCUGAUUAAGGGUUAAUAGAAUACACUUCCUCUAUACAAACUUAGGAGUUGUUUACAUGCAAUGCAGGAGGCUUUGGUGUCUUUUUCUUGUUAGAGUCUUCUUUUGCCAGCUAAUGAUUUUCUUUGCAUUUGAAACAUCUCACAGAGAAAAACAACCCAAGUAAAUGACUGCCUUUCACAUCCAUUCUCUUUUGGGAUCAGAAUGUCUUAUCACUGCCACUGGGAAAGCCACCAGAUCAAUAUGGACUUUGGAAUUGUCCAUAAAACAAUAAGACAUAGGAGCAGAAUUAGGUUAUUCAGCCCAUCGAGUCUGCUCCACCAUUCCAUCAUGGUUGAUCCUGGAUCCCACUCAAAUCCAUACACCUGCCUUCUCACCAUAUCCUUUGAUGCCCUGACCGAUCAGGAAAUGAUCAACUACUGAUAUAAUGGACUACUCCUCCACCGCAGUCUGUGGCAGAGCAUUCCACAGAUUCACUACUCUCUGGCUAAAAAAAAAAUUCCUCCUUACCUCUGUUCUAAAAGGUCACCCCUCAAUUUUGAGGCUGUGUCCUCUAGUUCUGGAUUCCCCCACCAUAGGAAACAUCCUCUCCACAUUCACCCUAUUUAGUCCUUUAAAUGUUCUGUAGGUUUCAAUGAGAUCCCCACUUAUUCUUCUAAAUUCCAGUGGUCCCAAUACUGACCCCUGAGGAACACCACUGGUCACCUGUAGCCAAACAGAAAAGGCCCUGUAUAUUCCCACGCUGCCUCCUGCCUAUCAGUCAUUCCUCUAUCCAUACCAUUCCAUAUCCAUUUCCUGUAUUGCCAUAGGAUUUUACCUUGUUAGGCAGCCUCAUGUGUGGCAUCUUAUCAAACGCCUUCGGAAAAUCCAAGUUAAUGACAUCCACUGCCUCUCCUUUGUCCAUCUGCUUGUUACUGCCUCAAGGAAUUCUAACAGUUUGUCAGGCAGGAUUUCCCUUUCCAGAAACCAUGCUGGCUUUGACUUAUUUUAUCAUUAGUCUCCGAGUAUCCUGGCCUAUAAUUACCUUUCUUUUGCCUUCCUCCCUUCUUAAACAGUGAAGUGAUAUUUGCCAUUUUCCAGUCCUCCGGGACCAUGCCAGAAUCAAGUGAUUUCUGUAAGAUCAUGACCAACGCAUCAGUUAUUUCUUUAGCAACCUCUCUCAGGAUUCUGGGAUGUAGUCCAUCUGCUCCAGGUGACUUAUCCACCGUAAGACUUUUGAGUUUGACUAGAACUUUUUCCUUUAUAAUAUCUGUAAAUACCGACAAAAGUCGUGUUUUUCUAAUAAGCUUUUCUCUUUAAGCAUUUCAAAACCAAAUAUGUAAUAAUAUUUUUGCUUGACUGCUUUAAAGCAAUUGCUAGGACUUCGAUGGAAACUCAGAUUUCUUAUUCUUGAGCCAUUCACUAUAGAUAUUGUAUAGCACUCCAUAAACAGAGAUUCUUUCCCAAUCAGUAGUGCCUGAUAAAACUUGCCUACUGUGGUAAAGAACAAACCAAUCUCCUUCCUGCUUCAGUGAAUUAUCUAAAAUUGUAAAUAAAUCUGAUCUUCAUUAGAUAGUAUAAUGAGUGUAAACAAACAAUCUUAUUCUCUGUUGUCUGAUUUGGCAAAAAAAAAUCUGAUGCACACUCUACUAUACUUGACAAGUAAUCUCUCACAAUUAACAUAAGAACCGGCCUGGGAUAACUGAAAAUAAGCUUUGAAAACUUUAGCCAAGCUCGUAUUUUGCAAAAAAAGUUGAAGGUACUAAUUUGUGGUUGAAAAUAUGGAAAUGUACAGAAUUAGAGGAAACGUAUGUAACAGAUUGAAUGUCAUUGAAUGGUUCAUUGUAAAUAAUUUUAUUUUUGAAUUAAGUAUAUUGUUUUUAAAAAAAAAUUAUAUCCCUCAGAGGAUAGCUUACUACCAGUACCAAAAAAUAUUUCCAUUGUGUGAUUCUUGAAUUAAUAAAACCUUUCCUACUGCAGAU